GUGAAUUUAUAAAAUAAUUAGUAUGUUUUUAUGAUUGUUUUAUUCACAAUUUUGGCCUAUAUGUUAAGAAGAUGUCACAUUAUAGAAGACAUUCGCUAGAACCUUCCAUUACCACUAAAUUCCGUGAUUCUUUGAAUUUCCAACGAGACGAUGACGUCAUCGACAAACCCGAUUUUCGAGAACUCGAUUUUGGUUCUCCGUUGAGGCCACGUGGCUCCUCCUCCGCCGCUGCCACUCCUGCCGCUAGUGGCAGCAGUUCAAGCUCCUCUGGUUCUGCUUCCGGCAAACCGGCUGUCACUUCUCAGUUUGCUAGACGGGGUCACUCCGGCGAGUUUUCUGGUUUAAGCGAGACCAGUCCGGUUAAACCCGGAUCCGUGAACCGGAGUCUGAAACCGGGUCAUAGAAGAUCUGCUUCUGCUGGAACGCCGUUGAUUUAUUCCGGUUUGGGGUUCUCUCCGGUGAACAAUAACAGUUCUCGCGGCGGAGGAAGCGGGGCUACCUCGCCGAAUCCCGGCGUUUUACCUACCGGAAACAUUUGUCCGUCGGGAAGGAUCUUAAAAACCGGAAUGGCUACACGAGCCUCUGUUAGACCGGAGACUCUAUGCACAGGCACGGCCAACUACGGCCACGGAAACAUCAUCCGCAGCGGCGGAAAGGUGAGUCACGCGACGAAAGCGGCGGCGGAAAUGGGAGACUCAGAGGAGGCGAAGAAGGCAGGUAACGAAAUGUAUAGGAAAGGGAAUUACGCUGAGGCAUUGGCUCUUUACGACAGAGCAAUCUCAUUGUCACCGGAAAAUCCAGCUUACAGAAGCAAUCGUGCGGCGGCGUUGGCUGCGUCAGGGAGGUUAGACGAAGCAGUUAAAGAAUGUCUUGAAGCUGUGAGAUUUGAUCCUUCUUACGCUAGAGCUCACCAGAGACUCGCUUCUCUCUAUCUCAGAUUGGGAGAAGCUGAGAAUGCGAGACGUCAUCUUUGUAUUUCCGGGCAGUGUCCUGAUCAAGCUGAUUUGCGGAGGUUGCAGACGCUGGAGAAGCAUCUCAGACUGUGUACGGAGGCUCGAAAGAUCGGUGAUUGGAGAACGGUAGUUAGCGAAAUCGAUGCAGCCAUUGCAAGUGGAGCUGAUUCUUCUCCUCAGCUUGUAGCUUGUAAAGCUGAAGCCUUUUUGCAGCUUCAUCAGAUAAAGGAUUCAGAUUUGUGUCUAUCUAAUAUUCCGAGAUUGGAUCAUCAUCAUACUCAACCACCUGCGAAACUGUUUGGUAUAAUAUGUGAUGCUUAUGUGCUCUGUGUUCAAGCUCAAGUUGAUAUGGCGUUAGGAAGAUUUGAGAGUGCGGUUGUAAAGACGGAGAGAGCCAUGACGAUUGAUCAUAGCAAUAGUCCCGAGGUAGUAUCGGUCUUAAACAAUGUGAAGAAUGUGGCAAAAUCUCGUACCCGUGGAAACGAGCUCUUUAGUUCAGGGAGAUACUCGGAGGCGAGUGUGGCUUAUGGGGAUGGACUCAAGUUCGAUGCUUUCAACUCGGUUUUGUAUUGUAAUAGAGCGGCAUGUUGGUUUAAACUCGGUAUGUGGGAGAAAUCUGUUGAUGAUUGUAAUCAAGCGCUAAGAAUCCAGCCUAGUUACACCAAAGCUCUUCUCCGAAGAGCUGCUUCAUAUGGAAAGCUUGGCCGAUGGGAGGAUGCGGUUAGAGAUUAUGAAGUAUUGAGAAAGGAACUUCCAGGAGACAGCGAGGUUGCUGAGUCUUUACAGAGAGCAAGGACCGCUCUAUCGAACAAAUCCGAAGAACCUAAAUACCUGGGAUUCAAUAAUGAAGUUGAAGAAGUUUCGACUAUAGAUAAGUUUAAGACCGCAACAUCACUACCCGGUACAAUCGAAUGAACUCACUUUGCAAAUUUAAGUUUCAAGAUUCCUCUCUUUGCUAACAAAAAAUGGAAACUUUU